UCUGUCCAUCCAUAACACAGAUGAUAUCUGAACGAUAAUUAAAUUCUGUUUUUGCCUGAAGCAUUUUAAACUUCAGACUUAACUUUACAGAUCCAGCAAUACAGGUCCGACAGAAAAAUAUUUUCAACAAAUGGAGAAGGUAUCCAGACAUUUUCGCCAGUGUUUGGUAUUAUGGACUUGUAUGUUAUUGACAUCUGAGUGUCACGGUUAUAAUUUAGAGGACGUUCUAGAAGAAAUUGACUCCAGAUCAGAUUAUCAGCUGAGAGGAAAUGGACCUACAUUCACCAGAUGGGGUCGUUCUGAGUGUCCCCCUGUCAGCGAAAAGGUUUAUAAUGGUUACAUGUCUGGACCUAAACAUAAUUUCGGUGGCUCUGGAUCCAAUUACCUCUGUCUACCAACCAACCCACAGUGGGGAGACUACUCUGCUGCAUUCGACAACAAAAGAGCUGUCAUAGUAGGUGUGGAGAUGAAAACCAGUUCAGGGAAACCUUAUCCUUCGUACUUACAAGAUCAUGAUUCCGCUUGUGUCGUCUGCCAGACCAUAAACAGUAAUUCAAUUUUAAUGGUUCCAGCACGACUAACGUGUCCGCUAGGAUGGACGAGUCAGUACAAUGGCUAUCUCAUGUCAGAAAUGAUCACACCGAACAGACGGAGAACUGAAUAUAUCUGUUACGAUGGUUCGCCUGUCCAAAUCCAAGGCUCAGGUGAUAGAGAAAACCAGGCUAUGAUUACACCUGUGGAAGUACAGUGCGGUUCUCUUGAUUGUUCUAAGUAUGUCAGUGGUCGAGAACUAACAUGUGUAGUGUGUUCUAGGUAAAAAGGACUUUUUGUUUGGCAUUAAAAAAAACAAUCAAAUGUUAGCUGUCUGAUAA